AUGGUAACGGUGUGUACACCCACCUGCCUCAGCUUCGCCCCGGUGCCUGCGGCGCUGCGGGACCUGGAGCGACAGGAGCAGGCGGCGGCGGCGGCGGGGGGAAGAGCGGCCGCUCCCAGUCAGUACCAGUGCAUAUUCAUGUGUAUCUGUUUCAUCUCCUCCAGGUGUCCCCACUAGCCAUUAUCUGUAUUAGUUGUUACAAUGAGUGCAAAAGAAAGUAAAGUACAUGCAUUUGUGCGAGUCAAGCCAACAGCUAAUUUUCCUCAAGACAUGAUCAAGUAUGGGCCAGACAAUAAGAGCAUAGAUAUUUACAUCAGGAGAGAUGUUAAGAAAGGAGUCGUCAAUAACAAGCAGACUGAUUGGUCCUUUAAACUGGAUGGUGUUCUUCACAAUGCCUCCCAGGAUUCGGUUUAUGAUGCAGUAGCUAGGGACUUGGUAUCCCAAGCUCUGGAUGGCUAUAAUGGCACUAUAAUGUGCUAUGGGCAAACAGGAGCUGGUAAAACAUACACCAUGACAGGAGCAACUGAAAACUACAAGCAUAGAGGAAUCAUACCCCGAGCUAUACAGCAGGUGUUCAGGGCAGUUGAAGAACGCAUCGAUCAGUCCAUCACUGUCCGAAUGUCCUACCUGGAAAUCUACAAUGAGACUCUCUUCGACCUUCUCUCCACUAUGCCUCAUGACAUGUCCGGUGACACUCACAUGGCUGUAGUGGAGUACCCACAGGGUGUCUUUGUGAAGGGCUUAUCUAUGCAUCCAGCCAGCCACGAGGAAGAUGCUUUAAAUCUCCUGUUUGAGGGUGAGACCAACAGAAUAAUAGGUGAACAUACUCUGAAUAAAAAUUCAUCCAGGUCCCAUUGCAUAUUCACUAUCUAUAUUGAGUCUCAUUCCAGAAUUUUGUCAGAUGCCAAAUACACUGCUUCAAAAAUUAACCUAGUGGAUCUGGCAGGUUCAGAGAGACUGGGGAAGACUGGGUCCGAGGGGCAGGUUCUGAAAGAAGCCACAUAUAUCAACAAAUCUUUGUCAUUCCUUGAGCAAGCUAUCAUUGCACUGGCUGAUCGUAAGAGGGACCACGUCCCCUUCCGGCAGAGCAAGCUCACCCAUGCCCUUAAGGAUUCAUUAGGGGGAAACUGCAAUACAGUCCUGGUGGCAAAUAUCUAUGGUGAAGCUGCUCAGAUAGAGGAGACUCUGUCCUCUCUCCGUUUUGCUACCAGAAUGAAAUGGGUCACAACGGAGCCAGCCAUCAAUGAGAAAUACGACCCAGAGCGGAUGGUCAAGAAUCUGGAGAAGGAGAUUGUUCUUCUGAAGCAGGAACUAGCCAUGCAUGACAGCUUGGUCAACCGUUCUCUGGUGAAUUAUGACCCUCUGAAUGAAAUCCAGAUAGCAGAGAUUAACUCUCAAGUCCGCAGGUACCUAGAAGGAGCCACAGAUGAUAUUGAUAUAAUGAACAUCAGGCAAAUCCAAGAGGUAUUUAACCAGUUCAAAGUGAUUUUAAGCCAACAGGAGCAGGAAGUGGAAGCCAGACUACGAAACAAAUACACCCUGAUAGACAAAGGUGACUUUGCAGCCAUUACUGCUGCUCAGAAGGCAGGCCUGGUUGAUGCAGAGGGCCAUCUAGUGGGGGAAGUGGACGGACAGGGCUUCGGGAUUGGAGUUGCUCCUUUAUCCAAACCCGGCGGGAAGAAAGUUAAAGCCAAGAAAGCCAAAGAGCAGCUUAGCCCCACUACCAGGAAGGAAGGAUUAGGAAGCCCUGUUUUGGGGAAAGAUCUGGAUUCUGUUUCCCCAUCAAGGAGUCAGCUGGUAACUUCCGCAAAGGAUUUGGAUGUGAAGGAGGGACUAAUACGGGAGCAGGAUGCAGCUAGUAUUGAAACACAUCGCUCGGAGUCAGUGCCCAAGGAGGAGUCCCACCGACCGAGUUCCCCUCCCGCUAAGCUAGUGGCAUUUGAGGAGUUUAAAAACGAGCGAGGAAGUGAGAUCAACCGGAUCUUUAAGGAGAACAAAGCCAUCCUCAGCAACAGGAAGAAGAAAGCGAGCGAGAUCACCCACAGACUCAACCUAAUAAAACAGGAGAUGGACGUCACCAAACAGGCCCUCGGGGCCCAGAAGAAGGAGAGGGAGGAGCAGGGCGAGUAUGUGAAUGAGGAAGGACAGAUCAUAAUUGACGAGGAGGAAUUUUUACUGGUCAUGAAACUUAAGGAUCUGAAGAAACAGUACAGGUGUGAUUUUGAUGAACUGCGGGACCUGAAAGCAGAAGUCCAAUACUGUCAGCAUCUGGUGGAUCAGUGCCGCAACAGACUAAUCUCAGAAUUUGAAAUCUGGUACAAUGAGUCCUUCCUUAUCCCUGAGGAUGUGCAGGAAGCGAUAAAGCCUGGAGGCAACAUCAGACCUGGAAUGAUUCCCAUGAACAGAGUCCUGUGUCUGGAUGAAGAUGAGCAGGAGCGGUUUGACCGGCUGCAGGGGGAAGUGCUGCCAGCCUGUCCAGAUUCCACCUCUUUCUACAAUGCCAAAAUGAAGACUGAUCAGAAGCACAAGUACUUUAGAGCCAUGGCCGCCCUCCAGCAAAUGCACAAGAAACCUGGACUCAUCAUGGCUACGGUGAAGAACAAACCCCCGGCGGCGCUCCAUGUCAUAUAG